AUAACGCGUUGCAAAGAACGCCCGCGCCCGAUCGUUACACGGACCGAAACUUCUCUCAGACAAUGAUAGGUACCAAAACGGUGAACGUUGACUGAAAUCAUAAAAAACAUUUGACCAGUACGAAUUUAUUGUACUUUUCUGUCCAUCUCAUCGGGUCAUUGACGAAAGCUGUACUAUUUGUGUUUGCAAUGUUGCUUUUGGCCAGUGAGUGGGCGACGUGUCACUGACACUGACACAGCUAGCUUCUGCUUGUGUUGAUGGUAAACAAACACUUGUGACUGAGAGAGCUAAAUUAUUUAUGAAAUGGCAGAUGACAAUUCCAUAAUCUACGGCUUGGAAUUCCAGGCUCGUGCACUUGCUCCUCAACUUGCUGAGACUGAGGCUGUGCGAUUCUUUGUGGGAACUCAGUCCUUAAAAUUCACUCAAAACCAAAUCCAUCUUGUUGAGCUGGAUGAAGAGCAUAGUUAUGUGAAUACGCGUGUUUUUCCACACAGUACUGGAGAGAUUUGGUCUGUGUCACCAUCACCAGUCAGUGCUGAUGUCAUAUCUACUUGCUACAACACUAUUACAGAAGAUAAUUCAUGUGUGAUGAAGUCUGCCUUAUGGCGGUUGCCACCUGCGGAGACUGAAGACCAGACGGAUGUUGAUCAAGAAGGUGGAAGCGGAAGUCACCAUUCUUCAAUGAAUCCUCUUGAGUGCUUGUGUGAACUCGACACCAUGCAGCAUGGAAAAGAAGUCAAAGUAUCUGUUUUCCACCCAACUGAUGGCUCAAGAGUAAUGUCCGUUGUAGAUAACCAUUUCUUACUUUUUGAUGUUGGUGAAUCAUCUCCCAAGCUGAUCUCCAAAGGUACUUUAGAAGGUAAAGGCCAACCACGUUUCAUGACAGGCAAAUGGAACUCUCACCAUAAGUGCACUCAGUUUGUAACUGCUAGUGAAUGCAGUAUUCGCAGUUGGGAUCUACGAGAGGAUAAUAAACAAGCUUGGUGCAUUGAUGGUGCUCAUUCUCAAUUAGUUCGAGAUUUUGACAUCAAUCCUAACAAGCAGUAUUAUAUAGCAUCUGGCGGAGAUGAUGGAAGCACAAAAUUCUGGGAUGUGCGGAAUCCCUCUGAACCUGUAAUCUCAAUAUCUGAUCACUCCCACUGGGUGUGGGCUGUUCGCUACAAUCACUUCCAUGACCAAUUAGUCCUCACUUCUAGUAGUGACGCACGCCUUGUGCUCACAAGUGUAGCAUCCAUAUCCUCUGAGCCAGAUGGGCACCUUGGAGCACCUGAAGAUGAAGUUGAUUCUAAAAAUGGCAGACUUGCUGAUGGAAUUCUGGCAACUUAUGAUCAACAUGAAGAUUCUGUAUACAGUGUGGAGUGGUCUGUGGCAGAUCCAUGGACCUUUGCCUCAUUAAGCUACGAUGGACGAUUAGUGAUAAAUAAGGUGCCAAAAGCAGUGAAAUACAAGAUUCUCCUUUAAACUUAUUCUUUGAAUUUCAAAACUCUUGAAGUGCCCUUUCUGUAGUACACCUAAGAAAAAUUAAGAGAGGUCAAAUGAAACAUGUAUGUAGCAACUUAUAUUAUAUUGAAACAAAACAAUGUGGAAAACAGUGAA